ACAUGAUAUAUUUCACAGAGAGAAGGCGCGUAACUCAGUUUGAAUUGGGUGAGCGAGUGUGUGUUUUCGCGGUUUAGCUGUAGUAACUGCUGUUUACAAAUUAUAAAAUGGCUGGGGGCAAAGCAGGAAAGGACUCCGGGAAGGCGAAAGCGAAGGCUGUUUCGCGCUCACAAAGAGCUGGACUGCAGUUUCCAGUGGGUCGUAUUCACAGACACCUGAAGUCCAGGACCACCAGUCACGGGCGCGUCGGAGCUACUGCCGCAGUGUACAGUGCUGCUAUUCUAGAGUAUUUGACUGCUGAGGUACUCGAGCUUGCAGGAAAUGCUUCUAAAGAUCUGAAGGUGAAGAGAAUUACCCCACGCCACUUGCAGCUGGCUAUCAGAGGCGAUGAGGAGUUGGACUCCCUCAUUAAGGCAACUAUUGCUGGUGGUGGUGUCAUACCCCACAUUCAUAAGUCUCUUAUUGGGAAGAAGGGACAACAGAAGACCGUGUAAACAAUGGUGUCUUAGGACAUGAGUGUUCACAAAUGUAUUGUUUGCCCUGUAGAUUUGAAUUUUAAAACUUUAUAUUGUCCAUCUUUGCAUUUACUCAUUUCUGGGGUAUUUUUUUAAACAUGGCUUCAGAGAAGCUUUUUUUGCUUUUUGUGUCCCUUUUAUAAUGUCUGGCUAGUCUUGUGUUUUUUUUUUGUUUGUUUUUUUUUUUGCAAUUUGGUUUUUGAACUUGUGAAAUAUCAGAAUUUUAUUUCAAUAAAGCUCAAAGUGCCAAUAUAAAGGUCCAACUGUUGAUUUUAAAAAUCGGUGAAGUUUAUUCACAAUGUAAGGGGCUUUGUUUUUUUGUGAGAACUUUCUAUUGAGGUUGUCUCAAUAGACAUUUGUAAAAAUUAAAAUAAAGCCAUUUAAAUCCUUA